AUGGGUCAAUUAAAAUACUGGCUAGGCAAAUUGCAGGCUCCCACCGAGCCGGGACUGACAACCGCCCAGUUAAUGUUGACCAAUGAUGACCUUCGACCAGUCGAACCAGAGCGCCGCCAGUGGAGAUGGCUCAAUUUCGUUGCUUUCUGGAUUGCAGACUCUCUGAAUGUGGUCGGUAAUCUUUGA